CCCCAUUCUGUUAACACAUUAUUCUUGCAAUACAGAUGUUGGAUCUUAAUUUGAUCACCCUGUUGUUGCAUCCAUUUAGGACAGAAUGUGUUUUGAGGAUGCGAGUGUCUGAAACUGCACUGUAUUGUACAGUCUGCAGUGUAUGUGUGUGUUGUAAAUCCUUUGUGUUUCCUCUGAAGUAGAGCUACAUUCGCUCUGUUCAGAGGCUUGGGAUGUAAUGGAGCGUUGGAUGCUCACAGGUAGAGGAUCAGCUGUACAUCUCUCUCCUACUUGUCUCUCCCUCUCCUUCUACCACAGACUUGUCUCUCCUUUUUACUUGUCUCUCUCACUCAUCCUCUCUCCUCUCACUUUCUCCCGCCCUCUCUCACUGCUCCUCCCCCCUGAGAGAGAAUAGAGAGAUAGAGAGCAAGAGAUUAGGUGAUGAUUGGGGGGGCUGUGAUGCGUGGCUGCUGCCAUCUUCGUCGGUCAGUGUCUCACUCACACACACACAGAGUUGAUCCUCUCUCGGGCGACAUUGCGUCUCUUCCGUAGCCACACAACGCUGGCAGCUCCCGGCCUCUCCUCCUUGACCUCUGCACUUGGGACCUCCCUAACAGCAGCAGCACUACAGGGACGUCUCCCUCCUCAAACCCCCCCCCCCGCCUCAGCCCCUCUUCACUCUAGCAUGGAGAAAGGAGAAGGCUCGCUGUCGCGACGGAGGGGCGAUGGCAUGCCAAAGGAAAGCAGCCCGUUCAUUAACAACACAGACCACGACAAAGGGAAUCUAUAUGAUGGGAAGAACAUGGCCCUCUUCGAGGAAGAGAUGGACAGCAACCCCAUGGUGUCCUCGCUGCUCAACAAGUUGGCCAACUACACCAACCUCACCCAAGGGGUCAAAGAGCACGAGGAGGCAGACGAUGACGAGGGGCCAGCCAGGAGUAAGAAACCAGUCAAGAGUCCCGCGUUGGGCACGUUAAUUGGGGUGUACCUGCCCUGCCUCCAAAACAUCCUGGGGGUCAUCCUGUUCCUGCGUCUCACCUGGAUCGUGGGAACCGCCGGCAUCAUGGAAUCCCUUGCCAUUGUGGUCAUGACCUGCUCCUGUACAAUGCUGACAGCCAUAUCAAUGAGUGCCAUCGCUACGAAUGGUGUAGUUCCAGCUGGAGGCUCCUACUACAUGAUCUCAAGGUCGCUGGGGCCAGAGUUCGGCGGGGCCGUGGGGCUCUGCUUCUACCUGGGGACCACCUUCGCUGGCUCCAUGUACAUCCUCGGUACUAUAGAGAUUCUGUUAACCUACAUUGUGCCUAGUGCGGCCAUCUUCAAGGCAGAGAAGAAGGAGAAUGAGCCAGAGGCACUGCUCAACAACAUGCGGGUGUACGGCACCUGCUGCCUCAUCCUCAUGUCCCUGGUGGUGUUCGUGGGGGUCAAGUACGUCAACAAGCUGGCCCUGGUCUUCCUGGCCUGUGUCAUCCUCUCCAUUCUGGCUAUCUACGCCGGAGUCAUCAAGACCGCCUUCGACCCGCCAGACUUCCCUAUUUGCCUGUUGGGGAACCGCACGUUGCAGAACCACAACUUUGACCAGUGUUUGAAGACGAUGGAGGUGGACAACGUGACGGUCACCACCAAGCUGUGGUCCCUGUUCUGUGACUCUCCAGACCUCAAUGCCACCUGCAACGAAUACUUCACUCUCAACAACGUCACCGUGAUCCAGGGAAUCCCUGGCCUGACCAGCGGGGUCAUCAGAGACAACAUCUGGGGGGACUACGGUCCUAACGGCAUGUUGGUAGAGAAUAAGCACCAGGUGUCGGAGCCGGCUGCAGACACCUCCCAGGACAUAUACAUGCCCUACGUGGCCAAUGACAUCACCACCUUCUUCACCCUGCUGGUGGGCAUCUACUUCCCCUCCGUCACAGGAAUCAUGGCUGGAUCCAACAGGUCUGGUGAUCUCAGGGACGCCCAGAAGUCCAUCCCCAUAGGAACCAUCAUGGCCAUCGCCACCACCACCUUCAUAUACAUUAGUUCUGUCAUACUGUUUGGCGCCUGCAUCGAGGGGGUGGUGCUCAGAGACAAGUUUGGGGACUCGGUCAAAGGGAACCUGGUGAUUGGCAUCCUGGCUUGGCCCUCCCCCUGGGUGAUUGUGAUUGGCUCGUUCUUCUCGUGCUGUGGAGCGGGUCUACAGAGUCUCACUGGAGCCCCCCGGCUGCUGCAGGCCAUCGCGAGAGACGGCAUCGUGCCAUUCCUACAGGUGUUUGGUCAUGGCAAGGCUAAUGGAGAGCCCACCUGGGCCCUGCUGUUGACUGGUGGGAUCUGUGAGAUCGGUAUCCUCAUCGCUUCUCUGGACGCUGUCGCCCCCAUCCUCUCCAUGUUCUUUUUGAUGUGCUACCUGUUUGUCAACCUGGCCUGUGCCCUCCAGACCCUGCUCUGCACCCCCAACUGGAGACCCCGCUUCAAGUUCUACCACUGGGCUCUGUCUUUCCUGGGCGCCAGUCUGUGUGUCUCCCUGAUGUUUAUCUCCUCCUGGUACUAUGCCCUGGUGGCCAUGCUCAUCGCUGGCUGUAUCUACAAGUACAUUGAAUACAGAGGGGCGGAGAAGGAGUGGGGGGACGGUAUCCGUGGUCUAUCGCUCAACGCUGCCCGCUACGCCCUCAUUCGCCUGGAGGAGGCACCGCCCCACACCAAGAACUGGAGGCCCCAGAUGCUGGUGCUAUUGAACCUGGAGUCUGACCACACGGUGAAACACCCACGCCUGCUCUCCUUCUGCACCCAGCUCAAAGCAGGGAAAGGCCUGACCAUCGUGGGCUCUGUGCUGCAGGGCACCUACAUGACCAAGGAGGACGAGGUCAAGAAGGCUGAGCAGAACGUCAAGUCGUCGAUGACGACGGAGCGUACCAAGGGCUUCUGCCAUGUGGUGGCAUCGUCCAACCUGCGCGAUGGUUUCUCCCACCUCAUCCAGACGGCAGGCCUGGGGGGCAUGAAACACAACACAGUCCUAAUGGCCUGGCCCGGCACCUGGAAACAGUCUAAUGACCCCGUCUCCUGGAAGAACUUCAUAGAAACUGUGAGGGAGACCACGGCGGCAAAUCAGGCCUUACUAGUGGCCAAGAACGUGGACAGCUUCCCCACCAACGCGGAUCGCUUUGGCGAGGGCACCAUAGACGUGUGGUGGAUCGUCCACGACGGAGGACUGCUCAUGCUGCUACCCUUCCUCCUCCGCCAGCACAAGGUGUGGAGGAAGUGUAAGAUGCGUAUCUUCACGGUGGCUAAUAUGGAUGACAACAGUAUUCAGAUGAAGAAGGACCUGCAGAUGUUCCUCUACCACCUCCGUCUGGACGCUGAGGUGGAGGUGGUGGAGAUGCACGACAGCGACAUCUCAGCCUUCACCUAUGAGAAGACCCUGGUGAUGGAGCAGCGCUCUCAGAUGCUGAAACAGAUGCAGCUGUCGCGGACGGAGAGGGAGAGAGAGAUUCAGGGUAUCACCGACACGUCACGUAGCUCCAUCAGAAGGAAGAACCAGACCGGAGCCUCAGGCUCUGACCCCAGUCGACAGCUGGAGGACACACAGGAGGACGAGGCCCAGCUGAUCCACGACAGAAACACGGCGUCCCAUGCCGCGAUCAACGACAAGCCCGACACCGGCCCUGACCGAAUCCACAUGACGUGGACCAAGGAUAAGUUCCUCUCCGAGCGCAACCGUAACCGUUCCGAGGCCAACAUGGGUGUGCGCGACCUCUUCAACAUGAAGCCAGAGUGGGAGAGUCUGAACCAGUCCAACGUGCGCCGGAUGCACACUGCGGUCAAGCUGAAUGAGGUGGUGGUGAACAGGUCACAGGGAGCCCACCUGGUCCUGCUCAACAUGCCGGGACCGCCCAAAAACAGAGGGGGUGACGAGAACUACAUGGAGUUCCUGGAGGUUCUGCUUGAGGGUCUCAACCGGGUCCUCCUGGUUCGCGGGGGCGGCCGCGAGGUCAUCACUAUCUACUCUUAAAAUGCUCGUUCCCACGAAAUGGCGUGCACGGGCCACGGCAAUAGGUGGCAUUUUAGGGAGAAAUAAUCCUUUGGGUUGCUGUGGGAUUGUCGGAGGGAGGGGGGCCAUGGUAUUGGACAGAGGACUUCUUGACCUCGGAAGGGACGACCAAUCAGGGUUGUGUGAUGUGAUAGCAUCGCCCUGAUUCGUGGAGAGAGCACAGGUGUCCUGGGGCCUGCCUAUCACGCCGAGAGACUGGAGGAUACAGCAUUCAUACACUUUAACUUUUAAUUUGACACGUGUUGAUGUUUAUUGUUCAGAUUUUCUUAUUCUCUCCUCACUCUCUGUCUCUCUCUGUCUCUCUGUCUCUCUCUGUCUCUCUGUCUCUCUCUGUCUCUCCUCACUCUCUGUCUCUCUCUGUCUCUCUGUCUCUCCUCACUUUCUGUCUCGCUGUCUCUCCUCACUUUCUGUCUCGCUGUCUCUCCUCACUCUCUGUCUCUCUCUUUGUCUGUCUCUCUGUCUCUCCUCACACUCUGUCUCCUCACUCUCUGUCUCUCUGUCUCUCUCUGUCUCUCUGUCUCUCCUCACUUUCUGUCGCUCUGUCUCUUCUGUCUCUCUGUCUCUCCUCACUCUCUGUCUCUCUGUCUCUCUGUCUCUCUGUCUCUCUUUGUCUGUCUCUCCUCACUCUCUGUCUCUCUCUGUCUCUCUGUCUCUCUCUGUCUCUCCUCACUUUCUGUCUCUCUGUCUCUUCUGUCUCUCUGUCUCUCCUCACUCUCUGUCUCUCUCUUUGUCUGUCUCUCUCUCUCCUCACUCUCUGUCUCUCUGUCUCUCUCUGUCUGUCUCUCUGUCUCUCCUCACUCUCUGUCUCUCCUCACUCUCUGUCUCUGUCUGUCUCUCCUCACUCUCUGUCUCUCCUCACUCUCUGUCUCUGUCUGUCUCUCCUCACUCUCUGUCUGUCUCUCUGUCUGUCUCUCCUCACUCUCUGUCUCUCCUCACUCUUUGUCUCUCUGUCUGUCUCUCUGUCUCUCCUCACUCUCUGUCUCUCUGUGUGUUGAGUUGUCAUGUAUGUUCAUGUGUACCAAGGGCCCUGGUCAUGUGUAAUGCACUAUGUAGGGAAUCAUCAUUUAGUUUGUCCUCAUUUUGGUUCGAAUUGAUGUCAACCGGCUCCCUCUAAGGUAUCUUUCAGCUCAGAAAUCCAUCUCCUAUGAACCCUGAAAUAGAUUCAUAUAUCCUGGUCCAUCUAAUAUCUGUAUGAACUAAAUUAGAAUCAUUUUGACCUGGAAGAACAUGCUUCGGUGAAUCGGUGCAGUAUCCUAACCCACAGCAGAGCUCUGUUAGAGUGGAUGUUAGAGUGGGUGUUAGAGUGGGUGUUAGAGUGGGUGUUAGAGUGGGUGUUAGAGUGGGUGUUAGAGUGGGUGUUAGAGUGGGUGUUAGAGUGGGUGUUAGAGUGGGUGUUAGAGUGGGUGUUAGAGUGGGUGUUAGAGUGGCAAGUCCAAAACAAAGCUUACUUUUAUUUCAAAUCUGUCCCACACAUCAAGUUGUUGCUAUAGCUUUCCUGAGUUCCCUUGUCCCUUGAUUAUUAAAGGUUGUUGAGUGCAGCACAACGUCCGAAAGAGGUGUGUGUGUGUGUGUGUGUGUGUGUGUGUGUGUGUGUGGGGCAGGGGGCAGGGGGCUUUGGUAAGGGAUAGGCCAAGGAUUUGCUGGUGCAAUAGAUGCUGUUGAUGUGGUGACUUGCAGACAUCUCACUAAGCCCUGAGACAUUGAAGGUGGUCCACCUUGCCUGGGAGGUCUCCUAAAUGGACCCUGUGGUAUUUUGCUCUGUAGCAUUGGUCAAAGCCCCCCCAAGUAGAGCCGUUCCAAUGGGAAGAUAGCCAUACUAUAUACUAUUGUAUUUAGCCCUUGUUGCAUAUUUAUAUAAAGAUUCACAAAGUUGAGAUUUAUUGGAAAUUGUAUUCAAGGGUGCAGGGAAUGGAAAUGACUUUUUUUGUUGUAAAGAUCCUGUGUUCAGGAGUGCUGGUUUCAAUUCACGUGCUGUUCCACAGUUUAACAAGUCUAGGACAACUGGGGUCAUUCAGGUACUUCCCCUACCAGAGCCCGUUGGAUCUAUACAUCAACGUACAAGACAAGUCAUGAGCUGGUUUGACACGAGAGCUCAAUCUGACUUAGUCAUCAACUAAAACAAUCGUUCAAUUGUCUUUGACCCUCAAUCAGAAACAAAAGGUUGUUGCUGGAGCCAUCGUCCCAAAUAGUGUCGCCCCCCCCCCCCCCCCCCCCCAAAUAGAUAUAGCAACGGACGCUAAUGGUUUAGAGGGGCACACUAUUUGGCAUGACAGAACCACUGUUGUGUCCGUUUUAGGUGUCGUUAGGGACAUCGUCAACACACAGCAUUUUGCUCCGUCUUUCGAUGUUUGGCAGUGCAGUAUUUUCUGUUCUCUGCUAAUGGAAGUCUUUAGGCUGGGAUGCUGUCAGAAGGGUUGGGUUAAAUGCGAAUGACACAUUUUAAGUUGAAUGUAUUCAGUCGUACAACUGACUAGGUAUUCCCCCCCCCCCUCUCUUUCCCUUUCCUUGUAAUACAGUGACCACUACAUGGUAGAACCAAACAUGGUUGGGAUUUGUGAGUAUCACUUGUCUAUCGCAGGACACCAGACCAAGAUUCUGUACUGGAAUAGAAUAGACGGGAAGAGUGUCAAUAUGAAGUAUCUCUGUUCCAUGUUGUGGUCCGAACCAUCAAUGUUUUCUCUCUCUGAAGAUGAGCAUGCAGAGAGGGGGGGGGGGGUUACUGAAAACAUGCUGUCUCUUAGAGCAAUCAUAUAGGACAGAGGAUGUGGGGUCCACAGUAUGUGGGGGUUCAUAGGAUGUGGGGGUUCAUAGGAUGUGGGGGUUCAUAGGAUGUGGGGUCCACAGGAUGUGGGGUCCACAGGAUGUGGGGUCCACAGGAUGUGGGGGUUCAUAGGAUGUGGGGGUUCAUAGGAUGUGGGGGUCCACAGGAUGUGGGGUCCAUAGGAUGUGGGGGUUCAUAGGAUGUGGGGGUUCAUAGGAUGUGGGGGUCCAUAGGAUGUGGGGUCCAUAGGAUGUGGGGGUCCACAGGAUGUGGGGGUCCACAGGAUGUGGGGGUCCACAGGAUGUGGGGUCCACAGGAUGUGGGGUCCAUAGGAUGUGGGGGUUCAUAGGAUGUGGGGGUUCAUAGGAUGUGGGGGUUCAUAGGAUGUGGGGGUUCAUAGGAUGUGGGGGUCCAUAGGAUGUGGGGUCCACAGGAUGUGGGGGUCCAUAGGAUGUGGGGUCCACAGGAUGUGGGGGUUCAUAGGAUGUGGGGGUUCAUAGGAUGUGGGGGUUCAUAGGAUGUGGGGGUCCAUAGGAAUCCGCUGAUCACACUGUUCAAUGUCAGGAUUUGUUCUCCUAUUAUUUAUAUCCUUAUUCUCUAGGUUUCAUGUCAGCUGACCCCGAUGAAUCAUUUUGACUUUGUAUAGGAAGAAGCGUGCCAAAUAGACUGAUGUGAAAGUAUAUGUUUGUCAAUGUCAGCCACAGUGCACGCGUUAACAGAUGAAGGUGCUUGUAGGGCACCUUUAAUUUGUAAAUGCAUUAUAAGGCAUUAUAACCACUUAAUUAUUUUGAUUUGGAAACACAGAUUUACACACAUUUGAACACAAAUUAUUAGCUAAAAGAGCAUUUUGAGUUUCUGGUUACAAAAUUGAAAAGGCACUCGUACAUCUGAGCUCUCUUUGUUACAGGUGCUUGGUAACAGUUGAAUAAAAUGAGGGGGGAAAAGAGAGCUCUGACGAAGGCCAAUACGUAAAGCUUAAUAAAGAGCAGUGAUACCAACGAGCAGUAUGCAGGUUCCUAGUUACAACAUGACUUCCUUGUAGGCUGCAUAUUAACAGUGGAGGCAAUGGUAUCUGUGAUUUCUAGGUCACAUGUAGGCUACUUCUAUAGGCAACUGGCACCAGAUAUAGGAAACUAUUGGGACAAAGGAAGGAAUCACUCCCCUAACUCCUGUACAUUUACAUUACAUUUAAGUCAUUUAGCAGACGCUCUUAUCCAGAGCGACUUACAAGUACAUACCUUCAUACUUUUUUUGUACUGGUCCCCCGUGGGAAUCGAACCCACAACCCUGGCGUUGCAAGCACCAUGCUCUACCAACUGAGCCACACGGGGCUGUAUAUACCUCCACUUUUUUGUAGCUGUGUAGUAUUUUGUAACCAGAACAUUGUAUUUUUCCAACAGUAUGUCUCAAUGAGUGUCUCUGUUGUUGUAGAGUCGACCAUCAGUUAGACAAUGUUGUGUCUAGUAGUGUCUGUCUGCACUUAACAGGUACGUUAUACCUGACUCUGACUUUUCAGGACUGGACUCUUGGGAUUUUAAGGAGGGGUGGGGGUUUAUAUGUCAAGAUGUUUGCAGGUAUGUUUGUGUUUUUUCCUAACCCAUUGGAAACACAAUAUGGACAAGGUUUUUGAAGACCUCUGCUUGGACUCAGGUGAAGAUUUCACAGAAAGGAUUUUAGAGGAGCCAGUUGGAGAAUGGGUUAUGUUACUAAUAUGAUUUUAAGUUCAUUUUUACAUGUUUUAUUAUUUUCAUGUUUCUAGCCCCCAAAGAUCAAAUCUUUGAGUCUGAUAUGAAAUAUCACGUUGCUAAUAGUGUAAAGAAACCUUAGAGGACACAAAGCUAAGGCUUCUGGGUAACUCUAUAGGACGUGUAAGCAGCAUAUGUUCCACCAAUCUGGUUUAAGUGAUGAGAGAAUGUAAUCUACCUCGAGGUGAAUACCGUGGAGGCUUUGUCAAAGGAGAAUAAACCUGUUUCGAAUCGCUUUCUUUCUUUCUUUCUUUUCUCUCUGUAAAUGGUAACAAUCUUCUAUAUGAAGCGAUUCCAAGCGAUUGAGGAGUGAGCCUCCGCUCAUUCUGAGAGAGAAGCAGUGUAUCCAGCGUGUGGUGGUACUGCUGCUGUCCAGCUUAGUGGACACACGUCACAGACUCUAGUAGGAAGUCACUUGUGGGGCGCACACAUAGUGGAGGGUGGCCCUUUUAAAUUGUAUCUGUGCCUCUGAGUAAAUAUAAAUAAAAGUGCUGAAUUAUGUCAGAACUG